AUGGGCCUCCGGUUUGUCAAGGCCUGUCGAGACAAUCCACGACUUCCCUUCGACGGGGAUAGGCUCUCCAAGCAGAUCCCCAUGUCUCCCGCCAAUUACCUCGAGCUUAUCGAACAGGUCAAGAAGGACCAUAGCCUUGGCCCCUUCUGGACGCACAAGCUCCUGUAUGACUACGACCCCAGCGCCGGUCUCCUCACCUUUAACAAGCGGAGUACGUUCCACGAGGAGCUUGCGACCCAAGUGGCAGACGACAUCCUCGACCAGGUCAAUAAGAUCCGCGAUGAUCCGGCGCAGCCUACCGUCGUCUGCCCAUUCGACUGGUCGAUAUUCGGCGGAGUAUGGAAAUCGGUCUGCCCCUUCGGCAACGCGUGGCUGCCAGACGGUUGCUCGGUUCAAGGCAAACGCUUCUAUGCACGCGGAGGGCCGAUUGGCAGGCCCCCUUCGCAUAUCUGUAAGUUUGACUUGGGAGCUGCGGGCAUUGUGAUCGAGAUAUCCUACGAGCAGAACGAGAGGGACCUGAGGGAUAUCGCAAGCAAGUAUAUCUACGAAUCUCAUGGCGCCAUCAAUGUCGUGCUGGCUAUCAGUGUUCCACGCCGCCUGGGCCCGGCGACGGUGUAUGAAUGGAGGUCCCGCAUGGCCGAGGAUGCACAAGGACGGAAAUGGACUCAGAUGUAUGAGAACGAGCCAAAGGUGUUCCGAACGUCAAACGACGAACCUACCAAGGAGGGUGGUCAUAUCUACCUGACCCUGCAUGACUUAUUCCCGGCCAAUCAGCGCGAUGGCAUCCCUGCACUGCCCAUCACGAUUGAUCUGAACGAUCUAGCAUCGUAUGUCACUUCCGCCGAGAACCAUUAUCUGGGGCUGGCAUAA